AUGAAGGUAGUCACUUCAGACCGAUGUUGAAUACUAAGAAGAUUCUCAUCGAGGAAACAUGUAAUGUUUAUGAGAACAUGAAAAUAUUUUAUUUUUGAGCAGUUGCACUUGCAUAAUAUCGUCGACAUUUGUAGCCACUUGCUAUUAUUUGCUCCAGUUCCAGUUUCCUGAGCCUGACGCACACAAACAGGUCCAUCAUUCUUGCGUGAGUUUGUUUGAGGUGUGUUGCAGGAAGCGAACCUUCCUCAGACUGAUGGGGGUGAAAGGUGGAAGCCUGAUUUCUUUCAACGGAGACUGGCGAGGACAAGUAUUUUCUAUGUCUGAGCAGCGAGCCUCGUUCUUCGUGUCGUAUGGCAUCAUAUGAUAAAGUUUCUCAUGGCAAGAUUUCCUCAGAACAACCAAGAUCGUAAAACAAAAGCAACUAGAUGACACCAAACAAUUACCAUCGCCUCAAGCCAGCCAUGCACUUGCACAUUAUUCGACACUAACCCAGCCACAGGUAUGUGUUCUACUCCUACGAGCAGGCUGUGCGUGCGUCCUUGUAUUUUUGGUGUUGAAGAUGGAGUAGGCGACCUCUUUUUGCUCACACAUUGUGAAGAGGGUUGGAGAAGGGCUUCCUGUCAUAGACGGACUCUAGUGAUGAAGGGUACUUUUUUCAUUUUCUGACUUUUUUGUGUGGCUGAGAAGCGAGUACAAACCUUCUGCUCGUUUAUCGUCUUUAUAGCAUUUAGAUUACACGAAAAUACUUGCACGAUCAGCCCAACAUCAGACAAAAAAUAUCAUAGCUACGAUGAACUCCUAAAAUAGGUUAGUAUAUUCUUAAUUUAGAGUUCAACAUUAUUCAUCAAGUCAACAUCUACACUGUCAGCUGUUUACGCUACAUCUAAGAACAGGUGGUCCUACGUUGCAAAGACAUUCUUUUUGGAGCUGUCGAGAAAGCAGAGAGAGUUUUGAUGCAGGAUUUUGA